UUAUUAACAAGGCAAGCCAACCCAAAACCUCAAAAAAAAACAGGAAAAAUAAACAAGCAAGCAAAGAAAGGAAUUCAAAGAAGAUUCCUACUAUAUAUCUCUCUUUGCACAUCGUUUUCAUUUCCCCUUCUUCCCUUUGUUAGCAAACCUUGAAGAAAACUCUCUCUGUAUCUAAUGGAAGCAUUUCUACACAAGAUUGCAAUAUUACAUAUAUUUCUUGGAUUCUUUCUAAUUUUAUCAGGUUUUGGUAUAGAAUCCCUCGGCAUUAAUUAUGGUCAAGUGGGCAACAAUUUACCAUCCCCUGAUAAAGUUCUCGAGCUUCUGCACUCCCUUAGGAUAACAAAAGCCCGAAUUUACGACACGAAUCCCCAAGUUUUGUCGGCAUUUGCCAACUCCAACAUAGAACUCAUGGUGACAGUUGAAAACCAAGUCCUAACAACCUUAAUGGAUCAACAACAAGCACUUCAAUGGGUAGGAACCCAUAUUAGGCCUUAUUUUCCGGCCACGAGGAUUACCGGAAUUGCUGUGGGAAAUGAGCUUUUCACCGGCAAUGACAUGACACUAAUAACUAACGUCGUACCAGCCAUGGUGAGCAUUCGUGCAGCUUUAGUGAAAUUAGGGUUAGAUCAAUAUAUUCAGGUUACAACACCCCAUUCUCUAGCAGUUCUUGCGGCAUCAUAUCCACCUUCCGCUGGAACUUUCCAAUCCGAACUCUCCAGCGUAAUGCCGCAAAUUUUAAAGUUUUUGGCAGAUACAAAGGCGCCAUUUUUGAUCAAUGCCUAUCCGUAUUUUGCGUACAAAGAUGAUCCCAAUAGGAUUCCUAUAGAUUAUGUACUGUUCAACCGUAAUCCCGGAAUGGUCGAUCCUUACACUAAACUACAUUAUGACAACAUGCUGUAUGCUCAAGUGGAUGCAGUGAUAUUUGCCAUGGCUAGAUUAGGGUUUCAAGGGAUUGAAGUUAAAGUUUCAGAAACAGGGUGGCCAUCAAAGGGUGAUCCGAAUGAAAUCGGAGCGACGGUCCAAAAUGCCGGCGUAUAUAAUCGGAAUUUGAUGAGAAGGCAGUUAAAAAACGAGGGGACGCCAUUAAGGCCUAACAUGAGACUUGAAAUUUAUAUUUUUGCAUUGUUUAAUGAAGACAUGAAGCCCGGCCCGACAUCAGAGAGAAAUUACGGACUCUUUCAGCCCGACGGGACAAUGGUAUACAAUGUCGGGAUUUCCGCCUUGUCGAGUACUUCAUCAACUUCAACUUCAACUUCAACUUCAUCUGCGUCUGUUUCGUUCACUUCAAAUGCCACCCAGGUUAAACAGAAGGGAAUGGGAUAUAAAAGCUUGGUGUACUCAAUAUUUCCAUAUUUGCUGGUCUUCAUAGUUUUUUAUGAGAAGAUAGACAGUGUUUAAUCCAUAGACAACACCAGCAAAUAUCACUUCUGGGAGAGGAAAUUAAUGGGGUCUAAUUUUUUGCACAUUUUGCACAAAAUUAAGUCACCCCAUUUCGAUGAAGAUCCAAUCGUUGAAUCACAUUAUAUUUCCCACAUAUACAUGUAUACGUACGUAUACGUGUUUCUUCAAUAUUGACUCAUCUACCAUUGAUUUAGAACCAAUUCUUAAAUCAAUGGUCUGGUGAUGCACCAUUGUAAUAAAUUAUAGGAGAUAUUUCAAUAGAAUAUUAGAUUUUAAUUAUCUAGCUAGAGAUGUAACAUACUCAUUUUAUUAUUCUCUCAUUGCAUAAAUUAUAAAGGAUUCAAUAUAAGAAUUUACGUGCUCCACUCA